CGAACGGUCUCUGUGGUCGCGAAUUGCGAGGCCAGCAAGCGAGCAAGCAAUGGCCGAUUGAUGAACAUUAUCUCGGCGGCUAAGGUAUUGCGAGCCUGUUUUAGUGUUCCAAUUAAUUAAAAUCUAGUAGGAAACAUCUUGCGUGUGUUAUAGACGAUAGUGCAAUUUAUUGUGAAAUAUAUUUGUGGUAUCAUUAUCAAGAAAGUGGACUGAAAUUUGUGUAGGUGUGAGCAUAGAAUUUUGUGUACUGCGAUUUCUUAUGAAACUUGUUAUUGGACAUGUAAGCUCUGCCGAUGCUCUGGUGCAGGGGGUUUACUGAAGCCCAAAUGUUCGACUGAUGACGUUCUUCCAAUACUAAUAUAUUAAGGAGUUCGGCAGAAAUGCGACUACCCCACAAUCCGCUGCCGAGCCGUAGACGACACGAUGCCGAUGCCAAAAUAAUUAGAUAUCCAUUAAACUUAUCGUAGAUAGCUGUUUUGUAGUCAAGUUCUUUUACGUGCGUUGUAACACACAUGUGAAGUGAAGUGCCAGUGCCAGUGAUCUGUGACGAGUUGUGACCAGUAGCGACGGCGCGGGGCCGACCGGGGCCCGAUGGUGGCGGCGUCAUGGCGUUCAUGACCAAGAAGAAGCGAUACAAGUUCGGGGUCCAGUGCUGUCUCGAGGAGCUCACGGAGGUGCCGUUCGUCUCCGCGGUGCUCUUCGCGAAGGUCCGUCUGCUCGACGGAGGAAACUUUCAGGAACAUUCAAGCAGGGAAGAAGUGCGCAACCACGCGGUGCGGUGGAACGCACAGUUCUCGUUCGUGUGCAAGAUGUGCGCGAACGCCAACACCGGCGUGCUGGAGCCGGCGCUUAUGCGCGUCUCCGUGCGCAAGGAGUGUAAAGGCGGUCGGUCGUACCAGAAGCUGGGCUUCUGCGACGUGAACCUGGCGGAGCUGGCGGGCGCGGGCGAGGCCACGCGGCGCUGCCUGCUGGAGGGCUACGACCUGCGCCGGCGCCAGGACAACUCCGUGCUGCGCCUGCGCAUCAAGAUGAACAUGAUCUCCGGCGACCCGCUCUUCAAAGUGCCCGAGAGGAAGCAGGAGGUGGUGGAGCCGAAGCAGGACAGCGGGUCGGAGAGCGCGGCGCCCGACGACGACGCCGCGUCGUCCACCGCCUCGUCCGGCUUCGGCUCGCUCACCAAGAAGACCGCAGGCGAGGGCGGGCACUCGGCGCCGCUGUCGUCGCUGCCGUCGUGCGAGCUGCCCUCCCCCGACGCCGACGACUCGCCCGUCGCCGCGCCCGACUUGCCAGCGAGCGCGGCGUUAGCAUUGGCGGGUUCGGGCGCGGUAGCGAACGCGGGCGCGGCGCCGUGCGCGUCGUGCGCGCACACACACUCGCGAAACUCCUCCAACACCUCCGGCGACAUGAGCAGCAAGGCGCACCAGGCGCCGCUCGCGCACCCCGCGCCGCCGCCGCCGCCGCAGCCGCUGCCGCCCGACGACGCGCAGCACACGGCGUCGUGUCGCGUGGAGAACACGCGCGUGAACCCCGACUCGCUCAUCGACGAGCUGCUCGCCGCCACCGACCUCAAGCACGCCGUCGACGACGCCGCUGAGACGUCGGGGCUGCAGCUGUUCAUCUCGCGCGACGGCACGGCGGAGCUGGGCUCGCGCCAGCGCCAGCAGCUCGCGCGCCGCGACUACCAGCGCGUCGUGCUGCACCCGCACGACAACAGGUAGCCAACGGCGUGAGAGUAGGCAGCGGCCCCCGCGGCGCAGCUCGCUCGGCGACGAAACAAUGCAUAUUUAUUGUUUUUAUUAUAUAAAUUAUGCCAUACAUUGUUUUACAAUUUGUAACUUAAUAAUGUUGAUUAUUAUUAUUAUUCACUAGCGAUUCUUUAGGAACGGUUGUGCUCGUGCAAUCGGUUUUGUAUGAUUUACAAUGUUUUUAUUUAUAAUGUAAGUAGGAAACUUUUCAAUUGUAAUAACGACCUACACGACGACUGAAUGUUCCUAUAUUUUGCGUAGCGUCAGUGCUUCCUCCUGUCUCUCGCCGCGGCCGCAGCGGGCGAGCGUGUUGCUGUAUUAUAUUAUUUAUUGUAGGUUAAGUUGAUAUCUUUCUAAACGAACGAUAUGUAUGAAUGCAACACGCGCGCCCCGCAAAGCGACCGCGGCCUUACGAUGCUUAUGAAACGUCUUACCUCUCGCUCUCACCCGGUACUUCCAGUAUAUCGAUAUAAUUAGCGCGACACUUGGCAUCAGAGUACCUCUACUAUCGUUUAUUUCCCGCCGCUCUAGUGCGAAGCCUAGAUUCUUUCCGUUUCAUUAGAAAUAAUUCGCAAUGAAGUGCUCACAAACUGGUGCUAAGCCGGCGCCCGCGAGGGCCCGGGCGUUGUAUAUGUCCACGUCUUCGGCUCCACGCGACAGUCUAACGUUAGAUAGCAGAUACUUCCCGAGUCCCUCCAUAUGUUUUCCGCGAGAUUUACGUAACAGUUCCGCGUGGUGCCAAAAGAGGGCGCGUUGUCGCUCGGAGUGUAGGUGUUCAAAGUGGGGGUAAAUCUAAGUCAUUCCUUUGCGUUUGGUAGCUUGAGCGCGUGGCUUGCCGUCGACCGACCUGUAUACCGAUAGGCGCAUGAGAGGGGCGCGCGGCCGCCACCCGGCGGCACAGCGGUGCUGCCAUCUUUGGGCCUACGGAUUUUUUGAACUGAAAUGUAAGUGAUCGAUAGAGAUCAUCAAAGAAACUGACCAGUCGAAUCGGCAUGUGUUAUAUUGGUAUAUCCGUAAGCACAACGAUUGCGCCACCGACCUGUGUCGGUUGGUGGUGCCCCGCUGGCUCGCCGGCGCCCCUGUGGACGCUGUGAUAUCGUAGCUAGUUGUAGGAACUUAUGAUACUCGGCGAGCGAACUCGGCACGCGUUGUUAUUGUAUCAUAUGUCUAUGUAUACAGCCUGUACAGUAUUUGAAUAAAGGACGUGUUUAGAACUAAAA